AUGGCGGGACGCGUCAUUCCGACCCUCCUCCUGGCCCUGCAUCUCCUACUCAUCUCGCCCGCCACCGUCCUCGCGUACACGGCGCUGUCGGACCACUUCCUGAAGCUGGUGCCGUCGGGCGGCGACGACCUCGACAUCACCAACGGGAAGCUCCUGGCUCCCAUCCUGAUCCCUCGCGUCCCCGGCACGCCGGGCCAGGCCAAGGCGCAGGAACACUUCGUCAACUUCUUCGCCAAGGAGCUGCCGAAAUGGAGCAUCAGCUGGUACAACUCGACGUCGACGACGCCCGUCUCCGGCGGUAAGCAGGUGCCCUUCGCCAACCUCGUGUUCAAGCGGGAGCCGCCCUGGGUGCGCGAGGGACAGUCGAACCUGCUCACGCUCGUCGCCCACUACGACAGCAAGCUCACGCCCGACGGCUUCAUCGGCGCCAUCGACAGCGCCGCGCCCUGCGCCAUCUUGAUGCACGUCGCGCGAACCCUCGACCCGUUCAUCACGCAGAUGCACGACGAGAUGGCGGCCCUCGGCGAGGGCGGCACCGUCGAGAUGGACAUGGGCGUGCAGAUCCUCCUGCUCGACGGCGAGGAGGCGUUUCUGAAAUGGUCGGCUACGGACUCGCUCUACGGAUCGAGAUCCUUGGCGGAGCAGUGGGAGCAGUCGAUCCACCCGGCCAUGUCGGCGUACCGCAAUCCGCUGAGCCAGAUCAGCUUGUUCGUGCUGCUGGACCUGCUCGGGUCGGCCGAGCCCAAGAUAGCGUCCUCGUACCAGAUGACGCACUGGGCGUACCGGGGCAUGGCGACGGUCGAGGACCGGAUGCGCAGGCUCGGCCUUCUCGAGUCGCGGCCGUCGCAGCCUUUCCUGCCCGAGGCGGCCAGGACGGCGUUCGGCGGGAUCGGCUUCAUCGAGGACGACCACCUGCCGUUCAUGGCUCGCGGGAUCCCGAUCCUGCAUAUCAUCCCGGCACGCUUCCCGCCGGUGUGGCACACGAUCGACGACGACGGCGCUCACCUCGACAUGCCGACGGUGCGGGACUGGUCCAAGAUUGUGACGGCUUUCGCGCUCGAGUGGCUCGACAUGAUGGAGGUGGAACCCAAGGAGGGCGGCGAGGCGGCACGGUCUGGCCCUGCCGGCGGACGAUGA